UGAGAGGGUAGGACCGUUCCUUGCACCAGCUUCAUUUUACUUUAACAUAUUUAACGGGCUCCCUUCACGCUGCAGAAGUUGAAUUCAUGUGGUAUCUGCAGCGCUCCCCAAAUGUUAUCCUCCUUCCUGUCGGCCACUUGACAGGCAACCCACCUCUUUCCCCUCCCAGCUGUUUGGCUUAGGGAGGGACAGAUAGCAACAGGGAAAAGACUGUUCCCAACUGACGUGAAUGUGACAGACAGACACAGGUGAACGCCGCUUGUCAGGAUCCGAGGGUGGCUACAACAUCUGGCCUGCUGCCACUGAAAUUGACUCUUCAGUUCCGCAGACACACACAUCCUGCGCACGCCACUAACUUCAGGGGAGCUCACGCUGCCAGACCUUGCUCUGGGGAUUUGAUUUUCGACUACUUCAGCACCCAGCAAAGAGGAAUUUCUCUCUCUAAAGGACAAAUUGACAGGAUAGUGAAAAAUAUUUAGCAUCAUUCCGCCAAGGCUCUGGGGAGACCAGAUCACCGCAUGUUUCUCGGGGCCAGAUGUUCCAGGUUUUGAGUCAUAUAACUGAUAACGACAUCAGAUUUUAUAGAGCUACCCAAGUUUGUGUUUGUUUUCCUUCCCUUUCACUGUGGAAGAAACAAUAUCCGUUAGAAGUUGAAAAGGUUUCACGAGUUGGCAAUGAGAUUGGUUUCUCUUCAAAAUAAUAAUAAUUCACUGCAAAGAAGCAGGGGAGACGGAACCUGAAAUCUUUUUGCUUGGAAGAUUUUUAUUUGUACCUGUGAGAAAAAUUGGAUGUUUCUGGACAUUUUUCUAACACCGCCUGAGGGAUGCCAGCUAAAACACCAAUUUACCUGAAAACAACCAACAACAAAAAAGGCAAGAAAUUUAAGUUGAGGGACAUUUUGUCCCCUGACAUGAUCAGUCCUCCUCUUGGAGACUUCCGCCACACCAUUCACAUUGGCAAUGGAGGGGAACAUGACGUUUUUGGGGACAUUUCAUUCCUCCAAGGGAAGUACGACCUCUUGCCUGGAAAUCAAGGUCAGGCAAAGCUUAGUCAAUAUGUAGGCCACAGUGAAUUUUCAAGGGCAAACAGUACCCCAAAUUCUACUUUCUCUGAGAUGCCCUCACCUGUACUGAAGAAUGCCAUAUCACUUCCAAGCAUUGGUGGAUCUCAAGCCCUCAAUCUUCCUCUACUAACUGCCGUAAGCUUUGUUUCAAAGCAGGAUUUCUCAGCCCCUCCCAAACCCCCUCGACUCCACCCAACCACAGAGCAACACAUGCCAGGCAAGGAUGAGCAUUGUGGGAAUGGGCACAUUAUUACAGAAGGAAGAGAGGUGAAGAAGUAUCCAAUGGUAUUACAGAAUGGUGAAGCCAGCAUCAAUCACUCACAGAAACUUCUUGGACAAUCUACAGAGUGUAAAAUCAUGGAGGAAGAUUCCACUCACAGGACCACACAGUGUGGAAUGACAAAAACAAACAAUGCAUCGGAGGAUUCCCUCCACAAUCUCACCGGAUCACUUCUCUCUCUUCAGCUGGAUCUAGGACCUUCUAUUUUAGAUGAUGUACUUAACGUUAUGGACAAAAAGCACAAGAUGGAAAUCAAAUAACAAGCACAUUCUCAACAAAGUCAACAACGGAGAUCUUGGACCUCUUUCACAAUACACUUGAACCAAAGAACCUGUAUAUGUGCCUAUUGACCCCUUGAGGAUGAAAGGUCAAUGUUGCCACCUGCUUCUUAGAAAUGGACUCGGCAUCAUCUGCAGUCGUCUUUUGUACCGAUGAGCAUGAAGGACUGCUGAUUGGCUGUGAUACAAUUUCCACUGCUGCAUUUAUGGCAAAAGACAUCCCGCAAUAUUUGCCCACUUGUUCACCAGAGGGGCAAUCAGUUCAUGUUUGCAUUGUAGCUGGGUCCCGCUGAAACUUGUCAAUGGCUAGGUCAUUGUUAUGGCACUAGAGCAGAGCACUUUUUUGUGCAAAUGUGUGUUUUGAGUCCGUGGUACCCAUCCUUUAUUCAGGCAAUUAUUAAAAUUUAAUUUCUUCACAACUAUAAUGGUAGUUUGCAACUAUCUGUUUUUAAUCAACUAUUGCUUACUUUCCAAAGAAAUUGUUUUUGUGAAACAUUGCUAAAAUGUACACAUGUUGCUUGAAACAAGUGCAACAUCUGACAGAAUAAAGAAUUAAUUAUGUAAUAUCA